AUGGAAGCGGCGCCGAACAGGUACGCGAUUCAGCGGGAUUUGAGCCAGAUUUCGGCAGAAACCAUGGAUCCGAUGGGUUACAGCAGGUGGACACCUCAAGCUGAAAAAACUUUUGAAAUCGUUAAGGCAAAAAUGAGUCAAGCUCCCAUUCUUAGCUUUCCAAAUUUUGAAAACAUUUUUGAAGUUGAUUGCGAUGCUUCUCAUGUUGGUAUUGGUGCUAGAUGUUAUUUGAUUCAAAGGGAGUUUGUUUUAAAUACUGAUCAUGAAGCACUUCAUUUUUUGGGCUCUGAAAAAAAUUUGAAUAAAAGGCAUGCCAAGUGGGUUUCAUUUUUGCAAGAGUAUACUUUUCAUAUUAAACAUAAAACUGGUGUUUUAAACAAAGUUGCUGAUGCUUUAAGCAGGAGAUCUCAUUUGUUGGUAACUGUUUAUCCAACUAUCACUUCUUUUGAUUUUUUGAAAGAUACUUAUGCAAGUGAUUCUAAUUUUAAAGGUAUUUGGGAUUCUUGUAUUGCUUCUGGAACUGAUCCUUCCGCUCAGUUUGUUAUACAUCAAUAUUUUUUGUUUAAGGGGUUUAGACUUUGCAUAACUAAAAACUCUUUAAGAGAACAACUUGUGAAAGAACUUCAUAGUGGGGGUUUGGGUGGACAUUUUGGGCAAGGAAAAACUAUUGCAUUGGUUGAAGAAAAAUAUUUUUGGCCUCAAAUGAGAAAGCAAAUUGCUAAGCUGGUUAAACAAUAUAAAAUAUGUCAGGCUUUCAAGGGAACUUCACAAAAUUCUAGUUUGUAUACUCCUCUACCUAUUCCAAACAAACCUUGGGAGGAUAUUUCUAUGGAUUUCGUUUUGGGUUUGCCUGUUACUAUUCAAAAAUUUGACUCUGUUUUUGUGGUGGUGGAUCGCUUUAGCAAAAUGGUACAAGCAUCUCUUGACAUAGCUGAUCGUAUGUGUCAGUCAGGUCUGGCUGUUUCAAUUGAAUUGUUUCAUCCAAUUUUACACGCAUGUGAGCAAACUUCUCAGUUUGACCUGGUUCAUCAAAUAUAUUCAAUGAUUUGCCAUCAUAACUUGAAGCCCAGUGGAGAUACAUUCAGAAGUUUGAUAGUCUUGUGUGUAAAGAUGAAAGAUUUUGAGGGUGCAUACAACCUUUUGAAAGAUGCAAGGGAAAUGAAGGUGAUCGCAACAGCAGGCAUGUAUAAUGCGCUCAUGGCUGGGUAUUUUAGAGAGAAAAACAAUCAUGGUGCCUUGAUGGUUCUCCAGCAAAUGCAAGAUUUGGAUAUUAAGCCAGAUUCGGAGACUUACAGUUACUUGAUAUCCAACUGUGGAAGUGAAGAGGAUAUUGUCAAGUAUCAUGCUGAAAUGCAACACGAAGGAGUUCAGGCAACAAAAUAUGUUUACAUGGCACUAAUUAAUGCAUAUGCUAACUUCGGGAAAUUUGAAAAGGCUAAACAGGUGAUUCGAGAUGCUAGCAUAUCUCAUAAAUACUUGAAUGAAAUUAAGAGUGUGCUCGUAUCAGCCCUUUCUUCAAAUGGACAAAUGUUUGAAGCACUCCUCGAAUAUGAUGAAAUUAAGCAAGCUGGUGACAAAAUUGAACCCAAAGCUGCUAUAAGCCUAAUUGAAAAUAUUCAAAAUGAAGGAAAUUUGGAUAGGUUGCAGCAGCUUCUGGAUGAUUUAAUUGAUUCAAGCUAUUGGUUUGAUGGGUGCAGUAGAGUUGUAUUGUAUUGUGUGCGGCACAACUUAGCUAGGCCUGCAGUUGAUUUACUUGGGGAGCUCAAGAAGAAAGAUGAAUCGAGUACAUAUAUUGUUAUUGAUCAGGUCUUUAGCGGAAUUUGGUCAGAUGAACCUACAAACUUGGAAAUUGGGAUGGAGUUGCUCCGAGCUAUUAAAGAAGAGCUGCAUCUUUGUGUUGGUCGAAUUAGUCUGGAUUUUCUUCUUAGUACCUGUGUAAAAGCAAAGGAUCCAGUUCGUGCCCAAUUGGUUUGGUCUGAAUAUGUACAUGCUGGCCUUCCAUACAACAUCUUAACUUUCCUGAGGAUGUAUCAAGCUCUAUUAGCGUCCGAUGAAAUCAAUGAAGCAUCCAACAUUCUGAAGAGAAUAACAAAAGAUGAUCCUCAUGUUCGUUAUAUUAUCGAGUCAUGUAAAGCGACUUACUGUAAGAAAUAUUCCAAGAAGCAAAAUAAUUCAUAGAUAUAGACUUCGUUUGAGACAGCUUUUUUGUUUCUUCUUAAAGCAUCUUUCUAGUUAAAAAAAUUGCUUUGCGAAGCAAAACAAAACUAUAAUGUCUUAUUCUUAUGAAAGUAUUCUUUAUUUGCAUGACAUGCCAAUCAUGUUAAAGCCCCCAAAUCUAGCGGAAUUAAGAUUGAUUACUCAUGAUUGAUAUUCUU